AUGGCGUCACAACUUCUUCCUCUUGAAUUGAUCGACAAGUGUGUCGGAUCCAGGAUAUGGGUCAUCAUGAAGAACGACAAAGAAUUCGCCGGAACGCUGCUUGGAUUCGAUGACUACGUCAACAUGGUUCUGGAAGACGUGACUGAGUUCGAUUACUCCGGCUCUCAAGUGAAACUCCCCAAGAUUCUGUUGAACGGAAACAACGUCUGCAUGUUGAUCCCCGGUGGUGAGGGACCCGUCGGUAGCUCUUAG